AUGUUUGAUUUUGGUGUAGUUCCAUUACAACCCCCUCCUCAGUUCCACUACAACCCCCUCCUCAGUUCCAUUACAACCCCCUCCUCAGUUCCACUACAACCCCCUCCUCAGUUCCAUUACAACCCCCUCCUCAGUUCCAUUACAACCCCCUCCUCAGUUCCAUUACAACCCCCUCCUCAGUUCCAUUACAACCCCCUCCUCGGUUCCACUACAACCACCUCCUCAGUUCCAUUACAACCCCCUCCUCAGUUCCACUACAACCCCCUCCUCAGUUCCAUUACAACCCCCUCCUCAGUUCCACUACAACCACCUCCUCAGUUCAAUUACAACCCCCUCCUCAGUUCCAUUACAACCCCCUCCUCAGUUCCACUACAACCACCUCCUCAGUUCAAUUACAACCCCCUCCUCAGUUCCAUUACAACCCCCUCCUCAGUUCCAUUACAACCCCCUCCUCAGUUCCACUACAACCCCCUCCUCAGUUCCACUACAACCCCCUCCUCAGUUCCAUUACAACCACCUCCUCAGUUCCAUUACAACCCCCUCCUCGGUUCCACUACAACCCCCUCCGCAGUUCCACUACAACCCCCUCCUCAGUUCCACUACAACCCCCUCCUCAGUUCCAUUACAACCCCCUCCUCAGUUCCAUUACAACCCCCUCCUCGGUUCCAUUACAACCCCCACCUCAGUUCUGCCACAACCCCCUCCUCAGUUCCACUACAACCCCCUCCUCAGUUCCAUUACAACCCCCUCCUCAGUUCCAUAACAACCCCCUCCUCAGUUCCACUACAACCCCCUCCUCAGUUCCAUAACAACCCCCUCCUCAGUUCCACUACAACCCCCUCCUCAGUUCCACUACAACCCCCUCCUCAGUUCCAUUACAACCACCUCCUCAGUUCCAUUACAACCCCCUCCGCAGUUCCACUACAACCCCCUCCUCAGUUCCAUUACAACCCCCUCCUCAGUUCCACUACAACCCCCUCCUCAGUUCCAGCAACCUCUUCUCAUCCCCUUUUUAGCUCUCUGAAAUUUAGAGACAGGGGUGUUGCUUUAGAAUUGUGA